AUGUGCCCUACCAACAAGGCGGUCGCGCCGGUCGACAACAACGACCACCUGGUUCAGUCCGAGGACCCCGAGCACCCUGCUAACCUCAUUCCCAACCUCUGCCGCAACUUUUACAACUGGGGAUGGGUUACCGGCACUGGAGGUGGUGCUUCGAUCCGUGAGGGCGAUCACAUCUACAUUGCCCCGUCCGGGGUCCAGAAGGAAUUGAUCCAGCCUCACAACAUUUUCGUCCUCGAAUGGCCCACCCCCAAGUAUCCUGCCUCGGACCGCAACUACAUCCGCAAGCCCCUCAAGCUCAACCCCUCCGCCUGUACCCCACUGUUCCUCACAGCCUUCGAGCAGGGAGCUGGCUGCUGCAUCCAUACCCACUCGCAAUGGGCGGUUCUGGUGACUCUGUUGGUGGAGCGGGAGAAGGGCCCCGACGCUUGCUUCGAGAUCAACAACAUUGAGCAGAUCAAGGGUAUUCCCCGGGGCAAAGGAAAGGGUAUGCUUGGAUUCUUCGAUACCCUCAGCAUUCCCAUCAUUGAAAACACCGCAUUCGAGGAGGACUUGACCAGUGGCCUGGAGGCUGCGAUGAACAAGUACCCGGACACAUACGCUGUGCUCGUCCGGAGACAUGGAAUAUAUGUCUGGGGAGACAAUGUCGCCAAGGCCAAGACUCAGUGUGAGAGUCUGGACUACCUGUUCAAGCUUGCUGUAGAAAUGCACAAGCUAGGACUUCCAUGGAUCAAAUAA